AUGGAUCAGCGUGGCUUGGUGCCACCUGGUGUGGAUCAGCAUGGGUUGGUGCCCACUGGCAUGGAUCAAAGUGCUGUAGUGCCACCAGGUGUGGGUCAGCGUGGGUUGGUGCCACCUGGCAUGGAUCAGCGUGGGUUGGUGCCCACUGGCGUGGAUCAGCAUGCUGAAGCGCCACCAGGUGUCUAUCAGCGUGGCUUGGCGCCACCUGUAGUGGAUCAGCGUGGCUUGUUGUCCCCUGGUGUGGAUCUACAUGCUGUAGCACCAACUGAUGUGGAUCAGCGUGGUUUGAUGCCGUCUGGUGUGGAUCAGCGUGGCUUUGUGCCCCCUGGCAUGGAAAAGCGUGCUGAGGUACAACCUGAUAUGGAUCAGCGUGGCUUGGUGCCACCUGGCAUGGAUCAACAUGGCUUGGUGCCACAUGAUGUGGAUCAGCGUGGGUUGGCGCCCCCUGGCAUGGAUCAGCGUGCUGUAGUACCACCUGGUGUGGAUCAGCGUGGCUUGGUGGCACCUGGUGUGGAUCAGCGUGGCUUCGUGCCUCGUGGCGUGGAAAAGCGUGCUAUAGUACCACCUGGUGUGGGUCAGCAUGGCUUGGUGCCACCUGGUGUGGAUCAGCGUAGGUUGGUGCCCUCUGGGAUGGCUCAGCGUGCUGUAGUACCACCAGGUGUGGAUCAGCGUGGCUUGGUGGCACCUGGUUUGGAUCAGCAUGGCUUCGUGCCUCGUGGCGUGGAAAAGCGUGCUAUAGUACCACCUGGUGUGGGUCAGCGUGGCUUAGUGCCACCCAGUGUGGAUCAGCGUGGCUUGGUGCCACCUGGUGUUGAUCGGCAUGGCUUGGUGCCUCCUGUCAUGGAUCAGCGUGCUGUAGUACCAACUGGUGUGGAUCAGCAUGGUUUGGUGCCACCUGAUGUGGAUCAACGUGGGUUGGUGCCCCCUGGCAUGGAUCAGCUUGCAGUAGUACCACCAGGUGUGGAUCAGCGUGGCUUGGUGCCACCUGGUGUGGAUCAACGUGAGUUGGUGCCCCCUGUCAUGGACCAGCAUACUUUAGUACCACCAGGUGUGGAUCAGCGUGGCUUGGUGCCACAUGAUGUGGAUCAGCGUGGUGUGGAUCAGAGUGGCUUGGUGCCACCUGGUGUGGAUCAGCGUGGGUUGGUGCCCCCUGGCAUAGAUCAGCGUGCUGUAGAACCACCUGGUAUAGAUCAGCCAGGCUUGGUGCCACCUGGCAUGGACCAACUUGCUGGAGUACCACCUCGAAUGGAUCGGCGUGGCUUGGUGCCACCUGGCAUGGACCAACUUGCUGGAGUACCACCUCGAAUGGAUCGGCGUGGCUUGGUGCCACGUGGCAUAGAUCAGCAUGGGUUGGUGCCUCCUGGUGUGGAUCAACGUCGCUUGGUUCCACGUGGCGUGGAUCAGCGUUCUGUAGUACCACCUGGCAUGUAUCCGCGUGGGUUGGUGCCCCCUGGCAUGGAUCAGCGUGGUUUGGUGCCACGUAGCAUGGAUCAGCAUGGGUUGGUGCCACGUGGCAUAGAUCAACAUGCUGUAGUACCUCCUGGCAUGUAUCCACGUGGGUGGGUGCCCCCUGGCAUGGAUCAGCAUGGUAUAUUACCACCUAGUGUGGAUCAGCGUGCUUUAUUACUACCACCUGGUGUGGAUCAGCGUGGCAUGGUGCCCCCUGGCAUGGAUCAGGGUGCUUUAGUACUACCUGGCAUGGAUCAACGUGGGUUGGUACCCCCUGGCAUGGAUCAACGUGCUGUAGUACUAUCUAGUGUAGAUCAGCGUGGCUUGGUCCCACCUGGUGUGGAUCAACGUGCGGUAGUACCACCUGGUGUUGGUCAGCGUGGCUUGGUGACACCUGGCGUGGAUCAGGGUGCUGUAGUGCCUCCUGGUGUGGAUCAGGGUACUCUUGGUACAGGGCAGCCUGGAAUGGGUCAGCGUGUUUUGUUACAACCUAGUACAGGGCCACGUGGCUUGGUUCAACCUGGUGCAUACAUGUCUGGCUUAGCUCAACCUGCUGGUGCAUAUCCUGGCGGUUUGGCUCAAGCUGGUGCAUAUCCACAUGGUGUGGUGCAACCUGGAAUGGAUCAACGUGGUUUGAGACAACCCAGUGCUGAUUGGCAAGGCUUGAUGGCAUCAGGCACAGAACCUCGUGGCUUUCCAACAUUCCAGAGAGAUCCUCAGGGUUUGACAUCACUUCGCCCAUAUCCACCUGGUGUGGGACCUUCUGGCCGAAAGCCACGUGGCCAGGUGUCAUCACUGUUACCCAGUAGAGGUUUGGCAUCACCAAUUAUAGACCAGAGGGGUUUGGCACCACCAGAAACCUAUCAGCAAAGUUUGAUGCAUCCUGGCCUAGAGCAGCGGGACCAAGCCCCAGAUCAACAGCUUUCGGUAUCAUCUGGGCCAGAUCAGCCAGAACAGGUGUACCCAAGUGCAGUUCAGCCAGAUAGAGCAUAUUCUGUCUCUGCCUCUGGUGGCCCAGAUUAUGAGGGUAUUGGUCCACAUGAUCAGGAAUAUUUGGAUCUACGCAGAACAAGUGAUUUACAGCAACCUGGGCGACCUGCCCAGGCUGCCUCUGUCCAAGAAGUUCCCUCUUUCGUGAGUCAAGAAGACUCCGAAAGGAGUGAGGUCCAGAGUGAGCGACAUGAUUCACUGGAGAAACUGGCCCCCAACUUCCCCAUAGCGGUGGAAACGUUUCGUCUGAUGGGAGAGAUGAUCGGUCUCUAUGUGGAGCUAAAGGAGAGAAUAAAGGAUCUGGAUGAGGAGAAAGCUGGCCAGACUGACUUGGAGAAGAUAGAGUACCUACUCGCACAGAUGGUCCAAAAAACCAUACCCCCUGACCUGCAGGAACAGCUGAAAAGCAUAAAGACCUUGGCCAAAGAAGUUCGGCAGGAAAGAGCCCAACUGAACAAGCUACAAAGAAUCCUGGAGGGUGACAGUGACCGGGAAGCAGGGAAGGAGCUGAAGGCUAGUCAGCUGAGCCUGCAGCUGGGCAUCAUCAGAGUCACCGUGGCUGACAUUGAGAAGGAGCUGUCUGAGCUGCGGGAGAGUCAGGAACGAGGCAAGGCUGCCAUGGAGAACUCCGUCUCGGAAGCCUCGCUUUACCUGCAGGACCAGUUAGACAAGCUGAGGACAAUCAUCGAGAGUAUGCUGGCCUCCUCUUCCACCCUGCUGUCCAUAAGCAUGACCCCACACAAGCCCUUGACUUACUUCACACCUGGCCGGAUUGACCCCAAUGCUACCUGUCCGGCCUGCAGCCUGGACCUAGGCCAUCAGGUCAGCACACUCGUACAGCGCUAUGAGCAGCUCCAGGACAUAGUCAGCAACCUGGCUGCCUCCCGGCCUUCCAAGAAGGUCAAGCUCCAGAGCCAGGACGAGGAGCUGCUGGGCCAUGUACAGAGCGCCAUCCUGCAGGUGCUGGGUGACUGCGAGAAGCUAAACAUCACUACUAGCAACCUCAUUGAGGACCAUCAGCAGAAGCAGAAGGACAUUGACAUGCUGUACCAGAGCCUGGAAAAACUCGAGAAGGAAAAGGCCAACAGGGAGCACCUGGAGAUGGAGAUCCAUGUGAAAGCAGACAAGAGUGCCCUAGCAGCCAAAGUGAGCCGUGUCCAGUUUGAUGCCACCACAGAGCAGCUGACCCACAUGAUGCAGGAGCUGGUGGCCAAGAUGACUGGGCAGGAGCAAGACUGGCAGAAGAUGUUGGACAAACUCUUGGUACAGAUGGACAGCAAGCUGGACCGCCUGGAGCUAGACCCUGUGAAGCAGCUGCUGGAGGAUCGGUGGAGAUCACUGCGGAAGCAGCUCAAAGAGCGCCCUCCACUCUACCAGGCAGAUGAGGCAGCUGCCAUGAGGAGGCAGCUCCUGGCUCAUUUCCACUGCCUCUCAUGUGACCGGCCUCUGGAGACAGCUGUGACUGGACAAAUGAUCCCCCUGAUUCCUAUGAGUCCUGGUCUGCCAGCACACCGGUCCAUUCGCCCCUACACAAUAUUCGAGCUGGAGCAGGUCCGCCAGCAGAGCCGCAACCUCAAGCUAGGCAGCACUUUCUGUCGGGGUGACCUGUCACCGAUGGAGCGGAGUGCAGGGCGCCUGCGCACCAUGCACUCCAAGAUGCUGAUGGACAUUGAGAAGGUGCAGAUCCACUUUGGAGGCUCUGUGAAGGCUAGCAGUCAGAUGAUCCACGAGCUGCUGCAGGCCCAGGGCCUCACUUCCCCUUGCUACAAACGGGUGCCAGAUGCGAUGGUGGGUUACACCUACUCCACUGUGCCCCGGCGCUGUGGAGGAAGCCACACCCUCACCUACCCCUACCGCCGUAGCCGCCAGCAGCACCUGUCCCAGGGCCCGUAUGCUCCUGAGGAGAUCCAGAUAGCCAUGAAGCAUGACGAGGUGGAUAUCCUGGGCCUAGAUGGACAUAUUUACAAGGGACGGAUGGAUACGAGACUGCCAGGCAUCCUGAACAAAGACACCUCAGGAGUGUCAAAGCACAAGACCAAGCAGCCCCGGCCCCACCUGCUCAGGCAUCAGGCCCUGGGUAACAUCGGACAGCUGCCCUCCCGGCCUCAGAGCACCCACCUAUUGGCUGGCAACAACUCAGUUUCUUCGAGGCAACAUCUCUCCCAGUCAGAUAUGGCCCAUCCACCCAGCCCCACUGAGAUGGAACACCUGCAGGACAACGGUUCAGGACCAGAAAUGCACAUGGACAUACCUCCUGAGGAGGAGCUAGAGGAGCCCACUCGGGGACCACGGUCCACCACUGCUCCCUGA